AUGGUUGUGAUGGAUUACUUCACUAAAUGUCCAGAAGUCUUCGCCAUUCCAAAUCAAGAAGCUUCAACAGUAGCAGAUAAACUAGUUCAUGAAGUCUUCUGUCGUUUUGGAGUACCCUUAGAGAUUCACAGCAUUCAAGGAAGGAAUUUUGAGUCUCAAAUAUUCCAGGAAACUUGCCGAGUUAUGGGUACUCAUAAAACAAGAACAACUUCUUACCACCCACAAUCUGAUGGAAUGGUAGAACGAUUUAAUCAGAAAUUGGAGAUGUACCUAGCAAAAGUUGUGAAAAAUCGGCAACGAGACUGGGACAGGCACAUACAACCGUUUUUGUUGUCAUAUCGAAGCGCUGUUCACGAAAGUACAUCAGUGACACCAACUUUCGCAAACUUUGGGAGAGAAUUAUGGCUGCCUGCAGACCUGAUCACCGGAAUACCACCUGAUGCCUAUAUUAUAGAAUAA